AUGGUGCACGUUGAAGAGUCAUUGCAGUUGCCGAGAGAUUUUGAAGGCUUUGGUGAGGAAGGCCACGAUCCUCAAUGGCCUAAUGGUGCUCGUAUCGCUGUGUCGUUCGUCUUGAACUACGAAGAGGGCGGCGAGAGAAACGUUCUUGAUGGCGAUGAAACCAGCGAGGCGUAUCUCUGGGAGAAAGGUCCAUCCGGAGGUGGCAGAGAGCAUCGCCAUCUCAAUGGCGAGCAAGAUUUCGAAUACGGAAGUCGGUGCGGUGCCUGGCGUAUCCAUCGACUCAUGAAAGAGUUUGGAUGGAAAAUGACCCUUUGGGCCAUCUCCGUUGCCAUGGAGCGAAACCCUGCCUUUGCAAAGGCUUGUGUGCGUGAUGGUCAUGAGAUCGGCGCACAUGGAUACAGAUGGCUUGACAUCUGGGAUUAUUCUUUCGAAGACGACAAAGCUUACAUCAAGAAGACCUGCCAGACUCUGGAAGCAGCCACAGGCGAAUUUCCAAGCGGAGCUUAUUUCGGUCGAGGUACUCCCAACACUGCGUCUCUGUUGCCUCUGAUGUGGGGGGAGAUGGGGCACAAGCUGCUCUAUACAUCCGAGGUCUACAAUGAAGACUCGCCUUAUUGGAUCGACCUGCCAUGGGAGAAGCAGCUUCCAGACUCCGAGAAGGAAGGCAUGCUGAUGGUGCCAUACAACUACGAUUGCAAUGAUGGCAAGUUCCACAUGAGCCCAGGUUUCGUCAGCUCAAGUGGAGCAACAUACGAGCAGUAUCUCAAAGACGCUUUCGACUGCUUAUACCGUGAAGGCGGUAAGAUGAUGACGAUACCAAUGCACAGUAGAAUUGUGGGUAAACCAGGUCGAUCAGAGAGUCUGCGGAGGUUCAUGAAGUAUAUCUCGGAGAAGGAAGGUGUAUGGGUCACCACGAGAAGGGAAAUUGCAAACCACUACCGGGAGAAGUUUCCUUACAAACCAGGCUCCAAAACUGGCGGUAGUUGA